AUGGCAGAAUCAAUAAGAACCUACGGCUUUACAGCCGUUCCAGCCUCAGCUUCUACUCUCCUAAACGCAACAGAGGCAUACCCCCACCCCGCAUCAACUCCAGAACCAAUUCCAGUCUCCGCAACUCCAAUACCCACAACCAAGCUAGCACAACGCAUCAAUACCUACGCUCUUUCUCGACUAUCGGAACCUACGUAUAACCAUUCUUUGAGAGUCUACCACUACGGAAUAGCCAUCAAACGAUUCCGUUUCUCCUCUCCCGAUUGGGACUUUUCUGACGAAACAUAUUUCCUAGCCUGUGUGCUCCAUGACAUUGGUACCACGGACGAGCAUAUUCAUGGAACAAAACUGAGUUUUGAGUUCUUCGGUGGCAUGUUAGCCUUGCAGCUGCUACAGUCCAGCGGGGACUUGAUGGAGUCGGAUUCGUCUAUAAUAGCACCUCGCGAGCAAGCAGAGAGCGUGGCAGAAGCGAUAAUUCGGCAUCAGGAUCUGUGUGAAGUUGGCAAAAUCACCGCUGUCGGACAGCUCCUGCAGCUUGCGACUAUAUUUGUCGGCUUUUAUGAGCAAAACUUUACUCAAAUAAUUCUUUCUAUAGAUAACACUGGCUCCUAUGUCGACCUUGUUCACCCGGACACUAUCCAGGAUGUGUCAACGCAAUAUCCUCGUCUCGGCUGGACCCAAUGUUUUGUCACUACGAUCCGUAAGGAGAAUGAACUGAAGCCUUGGGCGCAUACGACAGCUCUUGGUGAAGAGGAGUUCCCGGCAAAGGUUCUGGGCAAUACUUUGAUGAAGCCAUAUGAGUAG